ACCAAGGCCAGUUUCUUUGGUAAAAUUAUCCAGUCAGGUUCCCAUCCAGAUGAUCCUUGAUAAGACAGCAGACAGUACAGGCAUCGACUCCAACACCCUAGCCUUACAGAUGAAGGCCCAUCCUGAGCUGAGGGACAAGCUUCAUGUCGUCACCUCAUGGGGGCCUUUGCCUGUCUACCCUGGGGUGGUCAACUCAGAAUUACCUGAGGAUCUCAAGACAUCUAUCUCCAGGCAUCUUCUCAACAUGCAUCUCGACCCCAAAUGGCAAGCUCAACUGAACCAAUACAUGGUGUCCAAAUUUGUGCCGGUUACACUGGAUCAGUGCAAAGGUUUUAUUAAAAUAAAAAUGUUCCAAUAAACCAAAAAGGGAAACCGACUAUUAGUGUAUUAUAAAAUAUGUUGCAUUAUUAUGAUAUAACAAUUGUAACAAAAUAAGGGGACAGUGUUAAAAAAAUCAUAACAACUCUUUGUUGAAAUCAGUACUCAUGAAUUGUAACUUGUCAUGAUGCAAUAUUGUGCUCUAAAUUAAUAAUGCAAUAUACAUAUUUUAUUAUGUAAACAUGUUUUUUAUAUAUUUUACUGAAACCACAGAGACUAGUCGUCAAUGUACAAGCUAUUGUCACAUCUUGCUGUGUUCAAUGAGUUCGUUAGCAGGGCUCAAAUUUUGUGUGAAAAUUGUGUGGAUAACAGUACCUGAAAGUAUUAUUUACUGGACCAAUGUACAUUCACAGAUAAAAUUGAAACACUGUUAACUCAAAGCCAUGUGUAUCAUAUGCAAUGACCCGGAGAAGCAUUGAUUUAAUGACAAAACUCUGUUCAAAGUCAAGAUAGGAGUGGUACCAAAUACCCUUUGAAAAUAUUCCAGCUGAAAUUGUUUCGUG